UCAAAAUGGCUGCGGAAACAUAGAAUUGAAAAUUUGUAAUGUUGAUCUUGAUGGCUACGUCUUAACCUGUCAUGCCAUCGUCAGAGAAAAAGAAAGUUAAGGACCUACACUUGGCUUCCAACUUGGAGGAACUGAACAAAAUAGCUGAUCCAGGCUUGCCCGUCGACAGAAAUGCGAACCCUUCACCAUACAUCAAAUCAGCGGAUAAAGUUUACCUGAAAGCUCAAGAUAAUGAUCUGGAAGGUGACGAAGAGAGUGCAUAUGUAUAUUACAUGCGUUAUUUUAACAUCAUCUGCUUGAUUAAAAAAAGCAGUAAAUACUCAGACAACAAGAAGCAUUAUGAUAAUUUGUUGGGGAAAAACAAAACUAUAAAGUCUAUUGAGCGUGCGGAAGUUUUGCAAAAAAACCUCAAGAAAAGGUAUAAGAAGCUAAAAGAUCAAAAGGAAGCUGAGGCAAAAGCGCAGGAAGAAGCAAAGCAAAAGGAAGAGGAAGACAAAAAAAAAUUAGCUGCAUCAAGGGCAAGGAAUGGAAAGGGAACAGACAGUGACAGUGGCUUUGAGAGUGAUGUUGAUUCUCUCCAAAAUGGAAAUGGCAUAAGCUCUUCCUCUGAUGUUUAUAACAAGCUUCAGGUCAACCAUAAUUCUAUUCUUACUCCAAAAACAACUGAAAAUGACAGUGGUGCACUUAUAAGUGGAGUGGAGUCUCCUACCUCAUCACUUGUCUCAGAUGGUGUGAAGUUUAUAUCAGCACAAGAACUGUACAAGCGCAUAAAAGAUUCUGAGUUCAAAAUUCUGAUCCUUGAUUGUCGACCCUAUGCCAAGUUUGCUGAAAAUCGGAUCCAGUGUUCUUGUUGUAUUAAUAUUCCUGCUGAAUUGCUGGAUCAAGGGGUUUCAGUUGGCAGCAUAGAGAGAAGACUGCCAGAACGAACAAGAAAGACUUGGAACAGGAGAGGAGAAAAAGAGCUUGUUAUUUUAAUGGAUGAAUCGACCAAGUUUUCAGAGAUAACCCCGGAAUGCAGAAUUCAGAGGCUCAAAGAUGUGAUAUUCACCUAUGACUCCUACAGCUCAUUGAAACAUGAACCUGUAUUUCUUGAUGGUGGAUUUCAUAGCUGGCUUUGGCACUAUCCAUCACUGGCCAUGAAACCAGAAUUACCAACGGUAAGGACACAACCUAAAGCUGUAAAUUCUGUGGAUUUGUCAUCUUUAGACUAUCCUGAACUACCUGAAGAUAAGACAUUAACCCCUCAGUCUACUGUGACUGAUCCUACAUCCAGCGCUUUGCAGUAUCCUGGUGUCCCAAUUGCCAACCUUCAAAAUAUGCAAGGUCCAAAAGGCAGUACUGAACAAAACAAACCACCCUCCCCAACACAAGCAGAAUUCAAUUCUAAUGUACCACUAUCAGGACAACCUGGAGAGACUCCAUCAGGAGCAGCUUGGAAUCAUGGUCCAGGAGCAAAGUCUAAGCAACUAGGAAUUCAUCCUGUAGUUCCUCCUUCACAACCUCCCAAUGACACUCAAUUGCCAAGACCUGCUGAUGCAGGUCCUCCCCAAGAUAAAGCUCCAAAACAAGAACCAGUGAAGUUGCCACCAACACAAUCUGUUGCUUCAUCUGAAGGUUUGCCACUUCCCUCAGCAGGACCACAGUCAUAUAUGGGAGUAGCUCCUCAGGCAGUUGUUCCAUCUUCAGCAGAUUUGAGGGCAACAGGCCCUGUGCCAAAAACAAUGGUACCCCAUCCAUCAAGUCAACCUAUUUUUCAGCCCAAUAUUCCUACUACUGCUCCCAAAACAGUGCCAAGUACCCAGCCAUCUUCUCAGUCAAGUGCAACUGUUACAAAGCCAUUUCCACAGUCAAGUGUGCCAUUCACAGGCUCUUCAAAUACACUGUCUGCUCAGUCAGGACCCCCCAACACAAAAUCUACCCUACAGCCCAGUGUAUCUAUUCCUGGCACCCAGCCUUCCAGUGUGAACUCUACUUCCUCUCAAGUAAUGCCUUUGGCUUCUGUGAAAGUGACUCCAGCAGUAUCAACUUCAUCCUCCCCACAAGGCUCAGGUUUUGUUUCUCCACCCUACCCUGACAAUGUGUCACAGCAAGUAACACAAAGGGUACAACCACAAAAUCAACCACCUGUUGCUCCAUCAGUGAGUCAGGUGCCGCAUAUUGGCAGGCAAGAUCCUGAUGGGUCAUCUAUUCCCAUAUCACAAAGUCAUCAAGUAAUCACAACUUCUAUCUCAGGAGCAGAUACAAGGAAUACAAAUUUUACUGCUGUGAAACCUAGUGCAGCACCUCAAUCAGGAAGCCCACAGCAUUUCGUGCAAGGACCUGUCCAGAAUGGGGCUAGUAAACCAACCACAACUGUUGGUAAAGACUCUGAAUCCCCAGCUCUGCCAAAGAAUUCAGACUCUGCUCAAAAACCUGAUAGCCGGCCAAGUAACUUUGUCACCACACCAGGACUGCCACAUGGAUGGGAAAAGGUUACUGAUGAUGGAAACAGAACUUACUACAAAGAUCAUAAUACACAAACAACACAUUGGAAUCCACCAACAACUGGAAAAGCAUAUGUUACGCCACAGUCUGGUGCACAAAGGCAGCAGCAGUCUCCAGUGAAAAGACAGUCUUCAGUAGAAAGGCCAAAAUUGCACAGAUCUAAUUCUUCACCAAAUCUUGCUAAGGUCAAAGAUCAAGGCUCUUCUGGUCCCAAGAAGCCAAUAAUUGAUCGCUUAUCAAAACCAGAUUCUGGACAAAAGGGACCUGCAAGGCCAGUUGUGAACCGCGUUGCCAAACCUUUGUCUGCCAAUCAGCUUGAUAGUUUUAAUCCAAGCUAUGGUGGUCCAGGAAUAGGGUUAACUGGACUACGUAAUCUGGGAAAUACCUGUUAUAUGAAUUCUGUGGUGCAGUGCUUAAGCAGUGUGGCACCGUUGGCAACAUAUUUCAUUUCUGGAGUAUUCAGGGAAGACAUUAAUAGGAGUAAUCGAGAUGGAACAAAGGGAGAACUUGUUGAAAGCUUCUCAGUUCUUGUCAGAGUCUUGCAUUCUGGGCAGUAUAAAUGUGUUUCUGCAAUAGAAUUUAAACGGACAGUUGGAAAGUUCAAGUCACAGUUCUCAGGGUAUGACCAACAAGAUUCUCAAGAACUCCUAGCCUUCUUAAUGGAUGGUUUGCAGGAGGAUCUAAACAAGGUGAAAAACAAACCUUAUCUUAGAGCACCUGCUGAUGACUUAGAUCCCCAGACAGCUGCUACUAUGGCUUGGGAAAACCACAAGAAGAGGAAUGAGUCAAUUAUGGUGGAGUUGUUUGAUGGCCUCUUCAUGUCGACUGUACGCUGCAUGGUUUGCUCCAAAGAAUCCAGAACUUUUGAUUCUUUCUCCAACCUCACUCUUCCACUGCCUCCUAACAAGAGUCAUUGUUCACUUGAGGAUUGUCUCACUUUGUUCACCAAACCUGAGAAAAUGGCAGGGGAUGACAAGUGGUUUUGUCCAAAGUGUCAACAGAGAAGGGAAGCCAGUAAAAAAAUCCAGAUCUGGAAGCUUCCAAGAAUUCUUGUGGUCCACCUGAAAAGAUUUCAGUAUGAAGGAAUGUGGCGUCAAAAGCUCCAGACAGGCGUGAAAUUCCCCAUGACUGAACUGGAAAUGUCUGCCUUUGUUGUGGGUCCCAAGUCUGCUGCACGUCCUUACAACUUAUUUGCAGUAUCAAAUCAUUAUGGAACCAUGCAUGGGGGCCAUUACACUGCAUUUGCAAAGAAUGUUUAUGAUAAAAAAUGGUACAAGUUUGAUGACCAAUAUGUAACUGAGAUGUCUCCUCGAGAUGUUGUGACACCAGCUGGUUAUCUUCUGUUCUAUGCAUCAUUUGGUUUCCAACCUCCAAAUCUCCUCAGUUUCAAAUCUUGAAAUAAGUCAGUACACUGGACAUUUUUUAUAGCAAUAAAUUAGCAAGAAGCAUGACUGUUUAGUAGUCUAGUUCAAUUUGUUAUCACAUAAGUAAAUUAAAAUCGUGUAUAGAUAACUGAGUAUAAAACAUAAGUUUGUUAAUAUUAAUUAGAUGUUAUAGUUUUAACCAGAUGGUGGAGCAUUAUGCAUGCUCUCAAAUCUUGAAAUUUAAAGGCAUUAGCAAAGAAAGCUAACUUUGCAGAUCAUGUUGAUUAAUUUUAAUUAUAUAAUAAGCUCAGUUAUGCACACAUUCUGAUUGGUUCUCACUUUUUUCCGUAUAUUUUUUUAAAGACUAACAAAAUUGCACGAGCCCGUAGGGCGAGUGCAAUUUGUGGUCUUUGAAAAAAUUAAUAAGUGCUUGUUUAUUCCAAAUUGCACGAGAAAAAUGUGAUUACGUGUUAAAAAUAUACAUGGAAAAAUACGAGAUGGCUUAUCAUAAUUAAACAUAAGCAAAGCGCGCACGUCAAGUGCAAAGAUAAUUUAUUCAAACCUCGCGUUCGGUCAAAACAACCGCGUACGAUCAAAACAAUAAUAAAUUAUGCAAUGAUAUCUUCACAUCUUUAAGAUGCAAAAAAGUUCAAAGUCCGGCUAAACAGUUCAAGGAAUUGUUCAGUCUGUGUCGGAAUCACUUUCGAUGAAAUGGAAUCGUCGUUUCCCAGGUUUAACCAUGUUUGUUUUUUAAUUUCGGCGUGUGAUCGCUCGAGCAAAGUGUAAAGCUGGGUCGGCUCGUGUAAUUUUCGAUUUCCUCGGCAAUUCCCUUCUCUAAACACCACUUUUUCCAAAACGACAACCAAAAAGCAGUGCUUUUUACAAUGUUUUCGUUGUUUAAGCUGUUUUUCAGCUGCGGUGGCGAAAGAAAGCCUACUUAAAACACGGGCCAUUGUUUCGCUCGCAAAUUUUCAAAUUUUGUUGCGACAUCCAAGGCUCGCAUUUGAUUGGCUAUCUGUGAGUUUCUUUGAUUAUUGACCAAUAAUGAUUUGAUAAUUAACCCUCUUCUGCACUGAAUUAACUCUCUACUGCACUGAAUUACCUGAAAACUGCAUUUAUCUUAACCAAUCAGAACUAAGUAAUUUUUCCAUGUAUAUUAUUAGUUCAGUAAUAGAUCACAGAGGACGUCAAAAUGUGGUAAGAACAUCAGUGACACACUUGGCUGCGCCUCGUGUGCCACUUUUUUGUUAUACCACAUUUGGACAUCAUCUGUGAUCUAUUACUAAACAGACACACAGCAACUUGGGAUCUAUUUGUUAAAUUUACCUACUACUGCCUACAGUAUUGUGUAUAAAAAGCUAUAUUAACCCCAAACAAAAACUUUCUAGUUAUUAAUUUUCAUUUUUCCUUGUUUUCCUAAAUAUAAUUUUUGCAGUACUGAAAGACUGCCCUUUUACCAUUAUUUUUUUACAUUUCAUGUAGACAUAUAAUGCAGAGGUUAGUAGGUUAGAUCUAACAUUAGUUUUAUCCAGCAUAGUUAACUAAGGAGAAGAUAAAAGUGCUAAGCAAAGUAAAGGUUAGCCGUCAAUUUUUGAUGUUUCUUGAGUUGGGGGAUGAUGCGCUGAAGGUAAGCUACAGGCUGAACUUGUCCCCCAAAGGAUGCUUAAGUGCUUGCUUCUUCUUGUUUGCCUGAUCAGUCCUAUGGGUCUUCGAUUUAAGGACCUUAGAUAAAUUUUUUCAUGGGAUAAAUCAGUGAAUCCCCAUUACCUUAGGGUUUGUGUUUGGGUAAAUCUCUGAUGUAUUUGGUGUAAGCAAGGCAGCUGUACAGGUUUCUGUUUUCUCCAAAUAGUUUUGAUUAUCAUUGAUGAUUAUGGAAGUAACAUGUAAGGAUGAUGGAAUUAAAGGUACUUGUACAUGAGGAA